AUUUUGCAAACGAAUAUAAAUGGAAACACCCGUCAUGGAGUAUAUUGGGGGUAUAAAUGGAGUAUUAUUAAUGAAUAUCAUAGUCAACGGAUCAAAUUAUCCCGUCAUGGACUUCAAUUUUCUAAACGAGUAUAAAUAGAAACACCCGGCAAAGAGCAUUCUCUCAAGUCCAAACAACCAAAAUGAACACUAAAGUAAAGCAAUCAACAAUCAUUCACCCAGCCAAAGAAACACCAACAGGAUCUCUUUGGCUUUCAAGUCUCGAUCUAAUCACUCGAUCUCCUUACACACAUACUAGACUACUCUAUGUAUAUCCUUCUCCCAACCAAACAAACCGCACAAAUUCAUUCUUCGACACAAACAUUUUAAAGAAUGCACUAAGUAAAACCCUAGUACACUUCUACCCAAUGGCAGGAAGAUUGAAAAGAAACGAAAAAACUGGUCGAAUGGAGAUCGAUUGCAAUUCAAAAGGAGUCGUAUUCGUAGAGGUAGAAACUACACAUACGCUCGCUGAUUUUGGUGAGUUUAAGCCGACGAACGAGCUUCGUUCGGUGGUGUUUCCGUCACCGUUCGACUACUCAAAAGGAUUAUCGUCGUUUCCUAUGUUAAUGGUGCAGCUAACUAGAUUUAAAUGUGGCGGUGUAAGUCUUGGAUUAUUGCACCAACAUCAAGUAGCUGAUGGAACUUCUUGCGCAGAUCUGAUUAAUUCUUGGGCUAGAAUUGCUCAAGGGCUUGAAAUUAAUGUAUUGCCAUUUCAUAAUCGACAGCAAAUUCUGGGUUGUCGUAAUCCUCGUCAAGUUCAAUUUAGACACUUGGAGUAUGAGCAGCCAUUGCCACCUACCAGAGGCAUCACUGCAGGUACGGUAUCCACCAUAAUAGAAGCUCAAUUUAAACUCUCCAAAGAACAAAUUAUUGCCUUGAAACUACAAGCAACAUUACAAGGAGACACGAGUUACAGGCUGAGUACCUUCCAAGUGCUCGCGGCACACGUGUGGAGAGCCACAUGUAAAGCACGUGGCUUGUCAGAUGAUCAAGAUGUAAAACUCUACAUACCAGUUAAUGGUAGAACAAGACUUAACAAAAGCUCAGAAUUUCCAAAAGGUUACUAUGGAAAUGUAAUCUUUUUUACUGCUUGUGUUACUAAAUGUGCUGAUAUUAAGUAUAAACCACUUUGGUAUACAGCAAAUUUGGUUCAUACUGCAUUAAAAAAGAUGGAUAAUAUUGAGUAUUUAAGAUCAGCCAUCGAUUACCUUGAAUCACAUCAAGAUUUGAGUAAAUUUACUCGUGGGUCCCACACUUUUACCUGUCCAAAUUUUACUAUAAAUUCUUGGGUAAAUAUUCCUUUUAAUAAAUGUGAUUUCGGGUGGGGCGUUCCCAAGUUUUUUGGGCAUGGUGGGAUUCAAUAUGAAGGUCAAUCUUAUCUCAUUAGAAGCCAAAAUGGGGAUGGGAGCUUCUCAUUGGCUAUUAAGCUUUUUUCUGAUCAUAUGAGUCUUUUUGAGAAGUAUUUGUAUGAUUUUCCUAGUUUGCUUCUUACAAGGUUGUAAAAUUAAAAGAAUGCCAAAAGGUUAUUCUCUCUCGUUUGAAAUUGUAACAAAGGAAGUCGGUGUUAAGAUUAAGAAGUGUUCAAACAUA